GGGAUUGUGUCGUGCGCUCACCUGUUUGUCAGUCACCGUCACACGCGGAGGCCACCGCUGUGAGUCACGGGCGCAGCCCCGCCGGACACCCGCGGGCACACGUAGGCUCUCUCCCACGCACUUCUCGGCUCCCCUGCACGUACUUCCCCCAGGUCCUCAGUUUCCCCUCCCCGGGGGCCCCUCCGCAGGCACGCACCUCUGGAUGCCCUCGCCACAGCAGCCGGCACACACUUAGGCACUCCUGCUCCCUGGCACAAUCACACUCGUAGCCCCCACUCCUGCCACCGGAGGGACCCUCCCCAGCUCCGCGGCCCACGGCCCACCCGACACCUCCACGCCGAUGGCUCACAGCCCUCUGGAUGGGGCCUCCGCCGCUGGCCCCCCAUCCUUGACAUCACUGCCCUCUUCCACCUCCACAUCCAGAGGUUACCGAGUCUAUUCCCCUUUCUCCUGUGCCUUCCCUGUCCUGUCAUCUCUCACCUAGCCCUGGCACCGGCCCAGCAGGUCACACCCCCUCCAGUCGGGGACUGAGCCAUCUUUUUAAAAUGCAAAUCUGGUGUAUUGUCAAUUCCCUCCUUAAACCCUGCUGAGGCUUCCAGUGCCCUGGGGCUAAAGCCUGUCCCGGCUGCCGGGGCUCCAGAAACCUGUCGCUGGAUGCCCCCCCCCCCCCCCCCCCCCCCCGGCUGUGCCCCCCUCUGGAGCUCUUUCUACUUCCUUUCCUCCCAGAGACUUUUACCCUCAGCUUUGCCCCUCCUGCCCCACAUUGCCUCAGACCUGCGUUCCCAGCGCUCACCACCGUUUUGUAACUACACAGUCCUUGCCACUGAAUUCAAAAGCUGGGAGAGUGCAGCCAGUGUAGGUCUUGCUGUCCCUGUGUGCCCGAGGGCCUGACACUGCGCCUGGCAUCUUAUAGGAGCUCAAUAAAUGUUUGUUGAAUGAAUGAAUGAAUGAAUGAGAACGAAGGAGGCCCUGCUCAGGUGUCAGGUACAAUUUCCCUUCUGCAGCAGCAGUUGCCUUCUGUAGCCAGCAAACAUUUGGCACCUACCCAGUGCCAGGCUCUGGAGGCCAAGGCUGAGGAACCGUGCCCUCUCCCCCCCACUCCCCCCCGCCAGGAUCACUUUCAGAGGGAUGGGGGGGGGAGGGGUGUGCUAAGGCUUCCCUUCUGCCCUCUUUGUGCUGCCCAGGUUGUUUUCCUAGCCAAUCCCAGUGAGGGCCAGAGGGACUCAGGGGUGCCCUCCCCUUGUCCCAGGAAGUAGCUCCUGAGAGUCUGGGGUCGUGUGCCCCCAGGUGUUGGGGGUACUGGCCUGACCAAGGCCUGGGGCUCUGAGGUUAAACGACAUAAUUCUUCAGAUUCCCAGAGGAGGAUAGGGCCAGCCCAAGGUGCCCUCUCCCCAAUACCAGCUGUGGUCGGGGGUUGGGGCACUGGGACUAACGAGUGGCACAGAGAAGUUGAUGAGACUUCCCAGAGGCCCUGAGAUAUCCCCCUGACCCCCAACGAGCCUUUGUUUGCCUGGUGCCCAGGCUGAGGUGGCCUUCCCUGGGUUCACAUAGUGUGGCCUGAAUGUGUAGAUAGUUGUGGGUAGUAGAGUGGGGAAGUGUCACCCCUUCGUCCUGAGCUGUCAACUCCUGUGUGUGGUGACAGGAGGGUGGCCUGAUUCUCAGGGCCCAGGCAGAUCCCGGAAGAAGCCUGGCUGUCUUUGAUUCAGAGCCUGCCUCUGGGGCUCCUGGGGGUGUGGUAUUUCUGUCUGAGCCAGCUCCUGGGAAUCGCUUCUCCUUCCCCCGGGACCCUAGGAUGGGGGCUGUGUUCACCCUGGGAACAGUGCCAUGGUUGGGAUCUUGAUUCCUGGGUAGCUACUGAGGGCCCCUCCCCCCUCCUCUGACUCACUGUCUGACACUUUUCUUGGACUCUUUCACUAUCUUUCAUUCCUUUCUCUGACUUGGCCUGUCCUUGUCUCUGGCUGUCUUUUUGUCUCAUCUCCUGCCUCUGGAUUCCCAGGUGGGACAGGGAGGCACUGAGAUCCAAGGGCUGUCCCCUCUCCCUCCACCCCAGGGGAGCAUCAGAGACUUUGCGGGUGUGCAGAUCCUGGGGGGGAGGGGGGAGGGUCAACCCUAGAAUGGACAGUGUGGCGGGAGCUUAUCUGUGUCCCUGUUUCCCCGUCUGCAGCCUUGGAGCCUCUAACCCCCUCACCUUGAGUUCCCAUUCUGUAGACAAGCCUGAGGCAGAACCAGGGUGUCAGGCUUAAACCUGCUUCCUUGAUAUCUAUUUGUUUACUUCUGGGGAACAGGGAGCCUCCUGAGAUGUCUGUGUUGGCACCUGUCUGCAGCCGAUGCUUCUUAACUCCCAGAACCACUCCCUUCUGUGGCUCAAACCCUCUGGUGCAGGCUGGGGAGUGGGCACGGCACCCCCCGCCCCCCUCCCUGCCCCGACUGACUGUGACAGGACCAGGAGAUCACUCUGAGCAGUCACCCCUCAGAGGUCCACCUCUGCUAGAGGUGCCUUCUCUAUGCCAGGCUGCUCUAGGCAUGGGCACAGUAAUGGCCAGGCAGAGAGGCCGUCAGCCUGGUGUGAGGGAGGGGCAGUGCGACCGUGGCGAGACCGUGAGAGAAGGGCCCGAAUAGGGGAAUCCCAGGGCCCGUGGGAGCCCAGAGAGGCAUAUAGUCAGGAGUGAGGGGUGGAGGUUUCAGGGAGGCCCUCUUGGAAAUGACUAUUAAAGGAGAGCGAGGCUGGGUUCCGGCUUGUGCAAAGGCCAGGAGGCGGGCAGGUCAUGGCAAUUAGGGAAACUGCAAGUUCAGCUGGAAUAUAGUGAGGGGAGGGUGGGGAAGCAGGAGCCAAGCCUGCCUCAGCCUCUCGUGGAAUUCUAGGCUUGAUCCUAAGGGCCAGCUUUCCUCAGCAUGGGGGUGGCAGGGAGCCAUGUGGUUUAGGAAGACCACUCUGGCUGCAGGGGGGUGACAGGAGCAGAGGCAGGGGACAUUGGGCAGUAGCAGUGGGGACAGAGGCAUAAGGGUAAUAAACUUUUAAAGGUGAAGGAGACAUACAUAAAAUGCAUAAAGCCUACGAAUCCCACGUGUACAGUUAGGUGAAUUUUUAGUUUUAGACAUUCAUGGGACCCCCAGCUAGGUCAGCACAGAAUGUUUCGAGAGGAUUCCACCUCCCUCCCCCCGGUGAGAUUUCUGCUAUCCCUCGCCGCCCCCCCCCCCCCCCCCCCCCUUCUGACUUGUAUCAUCACUGAUUGGGUUUGCCUUUCCUUGAACUUCAUUCCCGUGUAUUCUUGUGUCUGGCUCCUUUCAUUCCACAUGACAUCAUUGAGAUUCACAUGUGUGUAUCGAGGAGCUCGUUUUUCUCACAGUUCGGAAUGACAUAUCCACUAAGCACUUACUGCCGGUCUAAGAACUUGGCACGCAUGCAUUCACGUAAACCUCCCAACCCUAGGAGGUUUGAAGGCCAAGAACCGGAGAAACGGAGAGCCUAAGGACCUUGACUGGGGUCACGCGAUCCAGUAAUAGCCAAGCCAGGGUUCAAAUGCAGGCAGUCUGGUUCCGGAGCCGAGGCCGUCCGUGCCCAAAGCCCAGAGUACCCCCAGCGCCACCAUGACUGGGCCGCUAAAGAGGAAGUUUGACCAGCUGGAUGAGGACUCCUCCUCGCUCUGCUCCUCUUCCUCCUCCUUGUCCUCUGGCCGCCGUUCUGGCUCCUGCUCCCCGAGCUCUUCCGUCUCCCUGGCCUGGGACUCAGAUGAGGAGGGCCCCUGGGAUCAGAUACCCCUGCCUGACCGUGACUUCUGUGGCCCCCGGAGUUUCACCCCCCUGUCCAUCCUGAAGAGGGCGCCCCGGAAGCGCCCAGGCCGCGUUGCCUUCGAUGGCAUCACCGUCUUCUACUUUCCUCGGUGUCAGGGCUUCACCAGCGUGCCCAGCCGCGGUGGCUGCACUCUGGGUAUGGCCCCCCGCCACAGCGCCUGCCGCCGCUUCUCCUUGGCCGAGUUUGCACAGGAGCAAGCCCGGGCUCGGCGGGAGAAACUGCGCCUGCGCUUGAAGGAGGAGAAGCUGGAAGCCCUGCGGUGGAAGCGCAAGGAGGCUGGCGUACCCGAGACGGAGGCCGGCCUGCCACUCACAGUGGACGCGAUCGAUGAUGCCUCCGUGGAGGAGGACUUGGCUGUGGCCGUGGCCGGUGGCCGGUUGGAGGAAAUGACCUUCCUACAGCCCUAUCCGGCCCGGCGCCGGCGGGCUCUGCUGCGGGCUGCCGGAGUGCGGAGGAUUGAUCGCGAGGAGAAGCGGGAGCUGCAGGCCGUGCGCCAGUCCCGCGAGGACUGUGGCUGUCGCUGUGACCGGGUCUGUGACCCCGAGACCUGCAGCUGCAGCCUGGCGGGCAUCAAGUGCCAGAUGGACCACACCGCGUUCCCCUGCGGCUGCUGCCGGGAGGGCUGUGCGAACCCCAAGGGCCGCGUGGAAUUUAAUCAGGCGCGGGUGCAGACCCAUUUCAUCCACACGCUCACCCGCCUGCAGCUGGAGCAGGGGGCUGAGAGCCUGGGGGAGCUGGAGGCUCCCGCUCAGGGCGGCCCGGCCAGCCCGGGUGAGCAGGCGCUGGCUCCCACUUUCCCGCCGGCCAAGCCCCCCGCGAGCAGCGAGCUGGGAGACGACAGCUGUAGCAGUGACAUGACCGACUCCUCCACAGCUUCAGGCACGAGCGAGGCCCCCAGCGGCCCCACCCACCCAGCCCUGCCCGGCCCCGGCUUCCAGCCUGACAUGGAUGAUGACAGCCUGGCCCGGGUCCUGAGUUUCAGUGACUCGGACCUGGGAGGAGAGGAGGAGGAGGAGGAGGAAGGGGGAGUGGGGACCCUCGACAACCUCAGCUGCUUCCACCCAGCUGACAUCUUUGGGACUGGUGACCCCGGUGGCCCAGCCAGCUGGACCCACAGCUAUUCCAGCUCCAGCCUCACGUCAGGCAUCCUGGAUGAAAAUGCCAACCUGGAUGCCAGCUUCUUCCUAAACGGUGGCCUUGAAGGGUUGGGAGAAGGCAGCCUCCCGGGCACCUCGGUGCCGCCCGGCUCGGACGCUGGCCAGAGCAACUCCGUGGACCUCAGCUUGUCUUCCUGCGACUCCUUCGAGCUGCUCCAGGCCUUACCAGACUAUAGUCUGGGGCCUCACUACACCUCCCGGAAGGUGUCCGACAGCCUGGACAACCUCGAGGCACCCUACUUCCCCUUGCCUGCCUUCUCUCCGCCUGGGGACGCAGGCUCUUGCUUCCUGGAGUCCGUCAUGGGCUUGCCUGACUCAGCCGCCGAGGCCCUGGCUCCCUUCAUAGACAGCCAGUUGCUCGAGGACACCGCCCCGGCGUCUCUGGUGGAGCCUGUGCCCGUGUAAGGCCCCGGGGUACCUUGUCACGGCCCCAAGAGCCCUGUUGCUGCUUUGUUGUAAUUUGGGGGCUCCCUGAGGCCUGUAGGUAAGGGUCUCCCGUUGGCUGGCUCGCCCGUGCGGGCACUCCUGAUUUUUGUGCAACACUCUGGAUUGAUUUAUUUAUUUUUGUAAGUUUCUGUGCCGAAGAGAGGGCGGGGAGGGGGCCUUCCCUUUCCGCCACCCUGCCCCCCCGCCCCCCAAGCCCACACAGUCUCUCCUUCCACUUCCACGGUGUGCGUGCCAGGAACAGGAGGACGUAAGCCUUCCCUGGAGCUUCGCAGACCCCUUUUCGGUCUCAUAUGAUGUUCCUUAGCCCAAAGACAGCAAGACAGGGCAGCAAUCAGCCACUUCUUACGGCUUCUCCUGCCAUCCUGAGCCCCAGACCCAUGGGUGGCUGCAUUCUCUGGACUGUAGACUAUAAUUUAUUUCCAUAAUUUAUUUGGAGACUAGGAGGUGUAGGCCUCUCCCCUCUGGCUGGCGGGCAGUGCUGGGGUCGGGGUGGGACACAGACUCCCGUGAGUCCCUUUUGCCUUGUAGUCCUAUAUCCCUGCCCUUCCUGGGCUUUGGUAUAAACCAGGUGUGGAUUUGGGCCCUGUGGUCUGCUGUGGCAGCUGCCUGGCCCCGGGGGGGCUGAGGACAGCGUCUAGGCAGGGGGCUGGGUGGGGCUGACCAACCGUGACCAAAACCUGCCCCACACGGCCUCCUCUUUUUCCUGUCCUCUGCCAUAUCUUCCUCCUCCCCAAAGGUCACAGACUUCAUUCUGGGCCCAUCCGUGUAGAAGGGAAGCAGGAAGCCCCAGCGAGGGCAAGGGGCUAGCCUCGGGGCCCGCAGCACGCCCCUGACCACUAUCUCAGGGCUUUCUGGGCACGCAUGCCAGCCUGGGCCGCCUGCCCAUGCCCUGAGGCCACCUGGCUGGGGUGAGGGGCGGCUCCUUGUGGCUUUUAUGCCGUUCGUUUGCUGAUGUUAAGUUUUGCAUCCUAAUUUCUAUAUCGUCCCUGAGUGUUAGAGCUAUAUAAUUUAUUCAUCUUUCUCCGUGUCUGUGCCAAGAAGCCCAGGCUGUGGGCCUGCCUUCUUGCCUAGGAGGCCUUACCAGCCCGCGUGCUUGUGGGAACACCUUGUACCUGAGCUUACAGGUACCAAUAAAGAGGCUCUAUUUUUAA